AAGUCGGGCGCCAGCAACGCGUUCUGGGCUGCGUUCAAUUUACGCGACCGUCUAGACCCCUGCACCUGCCAGACCGUGACGGACCUGAACUUGAACAAGCAAAGGCCCCAAAAAGUCGUCCACUCUGCCAGCGACCCCUCAAAACCCCCGAGGCCCAUUUUUGAGCGGGAAGGGGCAAAACAAACACGCCUAUUCCAUUAGGCAUUAGCGCCUUCCCCAAACACCGCCUUUCCAUCCUUGCUGUUGCCAACACUUUUCCUUCUCUCAACUACUACUAUUCUCAACCUCACCCAUAGUGUCUACGACUGCAGCCUUUUUUUUAUUUUUGCAAAAAGAACAAUCUCCAAUAGAUUUCUUGCUUUAUCGCCCGUCAUACGAUAUAACAUCAUCACCCCACCGCAAAGAUGUCUGUCGUCUCCCUCCUUGGGGUCAAUGUGAUCAACAACCCCGCCAAGUUUACCGACAAGUACGAGUUCGAGAUCACUUUCGAGUGUCUGGAGCCGCUUCAAAAGGACCUCGAGUGGAAGCUCACGUACGUCGGGUCGGCGCAGUCGGACAACUACGACCAGGAGCUGGACUCGCUGCUAGUCGGGCCGAUCCCCGUGGGCAUCAACAAGUUUGUGUUUGAGGCGGACCCGCCCGACACCAAGCGCAUCCCUAUCGACGAGCUGCUCGGCGUCACGGUGAUCCUGCUGACGUGCGCCUACGACGGGCGUGAGUUCGUGCGCGUCGGCUAUUACGUCAACAAUGAGUACGAGAGCGACGAGCUCCGUGACGAACCCCCCGCCAAGCCCGACGUCGAGAAGAUCCGCCGUAACGUGCUCGCUGGCAAGCCUCGCGUGACCAGGUUCGCUAUCAAGUGGGAUUCUGAGGCUUCCGCCCCGGCCGAAUUCCCCCCCGAGCAGCCUGAGGCUGACCUCGUUGCCGAUGAGGACGAGUACGGUGCCGAGGAGCUUGGCGAAGAGGAGGAGACCGAGGCUGUUGAGGCCACUGGGGAAGAGCCCGCCGAUAAAGACGCGCAGAUGGAGGGUGUUGAGGGCCCCGAGGGCGAGGUCGAGAACGCAGCGGAGGAGGACGAGCUCUCCGACGACGGCAGCGUCGAUAUCGAGGGCGAAAGCGAGGAUGAACUGCUGGAAGAGUACGAGGUUGUCGACAAUGAGGGCGCCGAGACGGCUGAAGGCGACGAGAUGGAGGUUGACAAGCCCGAGCCUGUGGCCCACAAGCAGGAGGCCAUGGUCCACUAGUUACGCCUCGGCAUGGAAAACUAGACACAGGGCUGGCGGCAUCGAUGUCACCACCCGAGCUUAGGAGUACUGACUGGAAUAAUUGUUUUACACGAGAUACGAGGUUAAGAGGAAAACAAAUUCAUAUCCAGACAUUCUGGUGUGUCUCAUCGAUAAUGGAAUUCACUCAUGACCACUGGAUUAACAUGUCUCAGCGAGGUCAUU